UAUUCUGUUCCGAGUAAAUAAUUAUGAUACAUAGCUACCAAUCGACAGUUCCUUUAUAUUAAAAUAAUUGUCUUACACGCUGACACAUCUUGGUUUGGUUCCUCAAAAAUUCUAAACGUAACUUUCCCCCUACCAGACCUACGCGGGUCACCAGCCCAGAUAAUAAUGAUUGAACAUAUCGAAAGUGGUUAUACUAUCUGCUAAUCUACAUUGUAUAAUAACUAAUGGGUGGUUUUAUUUACAUAAGUAUGAUAAGAUAAAUUACAAGUCACUUAAUAUUGUCGUCGUAACUCUGUUUGUGGCUGGCGAAGUAUUGAUUAAACCAUAUUUUUGUCAGAGUAAGAUGUCAUGUCCAGAAUUGCUCCAAGGAGCAGCCGGGUCUUCUUUUACGAAUUUGGUGACACAUCUUCUAGCUGCCCAAUGCCUCAUCACAGAAUCCUGGCCCAGGGAUCACGGGGACCUGAUUUCAGAUGGAGAUUCAUUUGAUUUUAUUAUUGUCGGUUCGGGUACAGCUGGAUCGAUUGUUGCCAACAGACUUACAGAAGUGUCGAAUUGGAGGGUGUUAUUAAUAGAGGCGGGUGGUGAUCCACAAACGGAUUCUAUUAUUCCAAACUUUUCUGGAGCGACACACUAUAGUAAAGACGCAUGGCAAUAUUACACAGAAAAAGAUGAGACGACGAACAGAGGAUGUGUCAAUGGCAAAUCUUUUUGGCCUCGGGGUAGAACGUUGGGCGGUACCGGAUCCAUCAAUGGCCUACUUCAUAUGAAAGGUAGCGCUUAUGACUACGCGUCAUGGCACGUUGCACCCAACGACGGGUGGGAUUGGAAUACAAUAACAAAAUACUUCAUGAAAAGUGAAAAAAUUAUUGAUCCAUUUAUUCUUCAUAAUUCAGAACUUCGAAAGCACCACGGAACUAAUGGAGAAUUUAUAGUUGAUCAACUGAAUUGUCUACAUACAGAAUUUACAGAAACACUUACCAUGGCAUACAAAGAUUUAGGUUUAAAGUAUUUGGAUGAUCUGAACGGGCCUAGUCAAAUGGGAUUUGGUAAAAUUCGAGGAGGUAACUUUAAAGGACGAAGAGUAAGCACAGCUACAGCUUUUCUAAAUAAAAUCCAGGAGCGGAAAAAUUUAUAUAUUUUAAAAAACACAUUUGUUAAUAAAGUAAUAUUUGAAAACAAAGUAGCCAGGGGUGUCGAAGUUACCUUGCCUAACAAUAAUGAAGCUAAAUUUUUUACCAGUAAAGAAGUAAUAUUAAGUGCUGGAUCAGUAAAUACACCUGUUUUACUGAUGCUAUCAGGUAUUGGACCUAAACUACAUUUAGAUACUUUAGGCAUCGAGGUUGUCUCUGAUUUACGAGUCGGAGAAAACCUACAGGAUCACGUUAGAAUUCCUAUACCUGUGACAAUUAAUACGGGGGCUUUGGCAAAAAGUGAAACAUUUUGGUUGAACGCGGCUUUUCAAUAUUUAACAGAACAGAAGGGUCCACAUGCAACCAACUACGACCAACCAAAUAUAAAUGCAUUUCUAUCUGUUCCAGACGGUAAAAGUCUUCCUGAUGUACAAAUAGACCAUAACUAUUUUGUGCCAAACACAUCUUACGUAUAUUCAAUGUGUAGAAAUGUAAUGUCGUUUAAUGAAGAUAUAUGUAAACAAUAUUCUAGAAUGAAUACAGGCAGCGAAUUAAUAAUUUUCUUUGUAUCUCUGUGUAGGCCUUAUUCUAGGGGAAAAAUUUUGAUACGCUCCAACGAUCCCAAAGAACAUCCAAAGAUUUAUUCGAAAUACUUCAGCCACCCGAAAGAUAUGGAAGUAUUUGUGAAAAGCUUGAAAAGAGUAAUACAAAUUGUUGACACUGAUACUUUUAAAAAAGCAAACGCCGAGUUAAAGAGAAUAUACUUCAAAGAUUGUGAUCAUUAUGAUUUAGGUAGUGAUAGCUACUGGGAAUGCAUGGCCAGAACGCUAACAUAUAAUGUUUAUCACCCAGUAGGUACUGCAAAGAUGGGGUCUACUGCGGACUCUACCUCUGUCGUGGAUAGUCAUUUAAAAGUUAUUGGCGUCAGUGGACUGAGAGUGAUUGAUGCAAGCAUUAUGCCUACGAUUCCCAGUGUUAAUACCAACGCUGCAACCAUGAUGAUAGCUGAAAGAGGUUCUGACUUUAUAAAAGAGAAAUAUUUAAAGAUAAGCAGUAAGGACGAGCUGUAAUUUCUGUUUAAAAGUUGAGUGGGCUUACUUUCCCCUUACACAUAUUAUGAAAGUUUAUAGGUGAAAACAAUCUUAUUUUAGUUUCGACAUUUGGUGUGUUUAAUAUUUCUAAUAUGUACUAUAUGUAAUGUAAUCAGCUGGCUGAUUGUAUUUCUACAUAAAAUAUCUGACAACAUAAUAUAAAUCAAUUGAUUUAAUUAUUGCUAAUCCACAUCAUUUAAGACACAUACAUUUUUAAUUUAUACAGAAUGUUCAUAAAAUAUAUUUAAGUAUACCAUAAAAUCCUCAUAUUUAGUUAGAGUUUUUAUAUAAGGACUCACAUGUAGAAAAGAAAUUAUAAUGUCAGCUUCUAAAGAAACAAUGAAAAUAUGUCAAAUUGUUAUAGCAGCUUCACGGUUCUUUCUUGUAAUAAUAAUAAUUAAUAACAUAAACACCUUAUCGAUUGUGGACAAAGGAAUUUUGCCAUUGACUAAGAACUCUGUAGCUCUACAGUUCUAUAUUGACAUUGAGAAUAAUAGUCGCUUAAAGUUAUGUAAAGUGCGUGCUUCACAUCAAAAGUGCUGUUUAGCGGGACAGGAGAAAGAUAUUUGUAGAGUUUUGGAUAUCUAUCCACCGUCUGAUGAUAUUAUUAAACCGAGGGAUAGAAGGACUUUUUUGUAUAUUUCCCCAUUAAUCCACAAACAUGAUUUAGAAGGACAUUGUAGUUUCGAAAUACAAUAUCAGUGUAAUACAAAAUUUGAUAAAUUGAAUGUUAAUCUUCCAUUCGACACACGAGUUAAUGAAUGUUCGAAGAAACUCUUUGGUGAUUAUUUACGUAACGAAAAAAUAUCUGCUUGUGAUACAUUAGACCAGGAUUCAUUAGAUUUUUGUUUACCUGUUCAUUGUGAUCUGAAGUAUCUGGGUCAUCGAAUGCACUACGAUAAUGAUUAUAAAUGCGUCGAUAUUCCUGUCUGCAUGGGAAAUCUUUAUAAAGAAUUACCAGAUAUAGUGUAUGUGCCAGAUUCAAAUUCAUGUAGAAAUCUAGAAAUGCCCAUAACCGUUGAAGAUAUUUAUGCCAUUACAUCUGGAUUAGGCAUCGCGACGCAAACCACAACUGAAGAUAAUACUUAUCUCGAAGUAAAAUCAAACUGUUCCACAAUUUCACAAAAUAUUAAUCUAAUAAGAGAUUUAAUGUAUGGAAGGCUGUAUCCUUAUACGAAAGAUAAAUUUACUGAUUUUAGUAAAUGUUUUAAAUCAGCAAUACUCACCAUAAUACUAUGCAUAAUAAGUAUAACUGCGCUUUUGUUUUCUUUUAUAUGUUGUGUUAAAACCACAAUAUGGUUGUAUAAAAAAGGAUCCGAAGGGGAAAUAAAAAAACAUUGGCAAUGUGUUAAACGUCGUUUUAAAAGGAAAAAGAAAUGUAAAGAUAAAAGUGUGACCGAUACGGAAGUAAGGAACGCGUUAUUAAAGGACGUGAUUGUAAAAGAUAUUCCCAUGGAGCUCAGGGAAAGUGUGGUAAAUAUAUGCGACAGGAUGGAGAAAGAAGUAAGUAAGAGACAACGUUACAGAAAAGAAGAUAUCGGUAGUCAGAUAAGUUUACUGCAUGGAAGUUCAUCGAUGGAGUCUGAUGGUGAAGAAUAGUCUUAAGACACUUUAACGUUAUUUAUGUAGAUUGUAUGUUGUUGCUCAAAAACUACAAAUUUAAAUUUAAUAAAACACUCAAUGUUA